AUGUACUCUGACCCCGAAGACACCACCUUGCUCGAUGCUGAGAACCCAGAAGGUAACCAAGGUCGUCUUGUGAAGGAAGCACAAGAAACCCCGCUGUCCGAUGAUGAGCCCUUGGGUUUCAGCUUAGAUGAGGAACAAUCGAUUCGAGCGUUUUUGAUGGAAGAGGGGCCAAAGCAAUCAGAUCAAGAUAGGCUGGAUGCUCUGGUGGACUCCCUCAAGGACCCCUUCGAGAGAAAGAGCAAGCAGCUCAAGGAGGAGCUAACGGAGGCCUUCAUCACCACCAUGCGCCGCCUGAAGAAAACACAGCAGUUCCUCGAUGUCGAGGUAGACACCAACACGGCGAAGGGUAUCGCUGUCUUCAACUCGGCGUGUAAGGAAAUGGAUACCGCCACUCUUGCCGAGUAUGAAGUAUUGACCGAGGCUUACGAGACGACUCGCGACGAAAUCACUAAUCUUAUGGAGAAACUGAAAGCCGAGUAUUCCCAUCGAGAUCAACUUUGGGUGGCACUGGAACAGAAACUGGAUGAAAUCGCUGGUCCUGUCCUUGAAGAGCUCCAAGACCUUCCUGGAGCAGUCGAGCAACGCAUUUCCAGACUCGAGAAAGGCUACGAAGCAAUGCAGAAAGAGGGCAAACAGGCGCCAGCCAUCUCAGAGAAGCGCAUUCAAGAGCUCCUCCUUCAACUCGGAGAUUCCUCGCUUUAG